CAGGGAAGGGUUAAGUCCUCCGCCUCCCAGGCUCCGGCCACUCUCCCCUCCUGACCUUUCUCCUCUCCAGCAUUGGGCACAGAACCCAGAGCCAGCAGAGCACCCUGCCUCGUCCUCAUGGCCUGCCUGAGCCCCUCACAGCUUCAGAAGUUCCAGGAGGAUGGAUUCCUGGUGUUGGAAGGAUUCUUGUCUGCAGACGAGUGUAUGGCCAUGCAACAGAGGAUCGGUGAGAUAGUGGCCGAGAUGGAUGUCCCUCUCCACUGCCGCACGGAAUUUUCCACCCAGGAAGAGGAGCAGCUGCGAGCCCAGGGCAGCACAGACUAUUUCUUGAGCAGUGGUGACAAGAUUCGAUUCUUCUUUGAGGAAGGUGUCUUUGAUAAGAAAGGAAACUUCCUGGUCCCUCCGGAGAAAUCCAUCAACAAAAUUGGCCAUGCUCUGCAUGCCCAUGACCCUGUCUUCAGGUGUGUCACACACUCCCCCAAGGUGCAGGCCUUGGCCAGAAGUCUGGGCCUCCAGAUGCCGGUGGUGGUACAGAGUAUGUAUAUCUUUAAGGCUAAGGUGCUCUGUUCAGCGGUCCUCCACCUUGCCUGGGCCCCAGCAUCACGCAGGGGAUGUUUACAGUUCACCCCUCACCAGGACGCCUCCUUCCUGUACACGGAGCCCCUGGGCCGGGUGCUGGGUGUGUGGAUUGCGUUGGAGGAUGCCACACUGGAGAACGGCUGCCUCUGGUUCAUCCCUGGCUCCCACACUGGGGGAGUGUCUAGAAGGAUGGUCCGGGCCCCUGCUGGCUCAGAGCCUGGCACCAGCUUCCUUGGGUCCGAGCCAGCCCGGGAUAACAGCCUCUUUGUGCCCACACCAGCGCGGAGAGGGGCCCUCGUCCUAAUCCAUGGCGAAGUGGUGCACAAGAGUGAGCAGAAUUUCUCCGACCGCUCGCGCCAGGCCUAUACUUUCCACAUCAUGGAGACCGCCGGCACCGUCUGGAGCCCAGAGAAUUGGCUCCAGCCGACAGCCGAGCUGCCCUUUCCCCCGCUGUACACCUGAAGGCCCUCUCAGGGCCGGGAUGCUGUCCCCUCCUCGGGGAAGCUGUGGGCUGCCAACACCAGCGCCUCACCUGACCACCCGGCUGCAGCCGGGAAGCCGCAUCUCCCCUCCUGGGCUUUCCUUCUGCCAGUGUCUGUGCAGACAGGCAGGCACGAGGUAGCUGCCAGGCAGCAGGAGUCCGGGCGGGGUGCCUUUCCUGCGAUCUCUGUCUCUGCCUCCCCCUGCCCCAACAUGACUUCCCCCUCGAGGCGGCCUCUCAGCCAUGAAAGGGUUCUGGCUGCUUCUCUGCCGGCUUCUUACCCUCCUCUCCUCUCAGAUGAAACUCGUGCUUAUUACAGCAUGAGACACUGAAUAAAAAUGCCUUCGGAACGCA